AUUCCAAAGUGUUACAUAAAUAAACAAUAAUAAUAAUGGAUAAUAAAAAUGAAAAUCUUUCUUUUAUAUAUAUAUAAUGUGGCGAUGUGUUGACAAGGAAUUAAUGUUUCUGUCACAACUUCACGUUACGUUAAGGAAUAAUGUUAAUCUAUCUUCUUGGUAUAUUAUCGUUUGGGCCAUAGUGUUUGAAGGUUAACAAAUGUCAAUUUGAAAAAUAAAAUUCAAUGAUUAUUCAUGUAAAGAUAUUAGCACAUUUUAAAACAAUGUUUAGAUUUGGUAAAAACAAAUGUGGAGAUGUUUUGUGAAGAAUGUAUACCAAUCUUGGCUAUCGAUCUCUAAAUUAAAGGUUGAAUAGUUCAUCAAUUAAAUGAACUGUACCUUCUAGCCAUGAGAUCGAUAUUAAUUUUUAUCCCAAAGAAGCUCUACCAUGAGAAGUCUGGUCUGUUAUUUGGGAAAGUUUGUUAUGACCCAAAAGAGGAGAUAAAAAAGUUUUACGUUAUAGGUGUCUGCAAGUCUCGAGUUAAUGUUAUUAAUCCAGAACGCAAUGAUGUGGUUGGCUACUUUUCUCGCAGUUCAGAGAUAUAUUUUGAUAAACGGCUACCUGAUUGGAUAAAUGUUUCAAUGGAACCACUAUUAGUGAAACAUCUGGAAACUGAUAAUUACAACUAUCGCCUAAAAGAAGUAAUAGUGGAUGGACAAAAUGUUUUUUCCUUCAACCCAAUGAUUAUAAUUUUUUAUGAUUCAUGUGCAUUACUUGAUGCCGAAUCAUUAUUAAGUGAGAUAUCUCCUGAAGAUCACUUUUGUGAAUUACGACAAAUACUACAGAGAUCAAGACGCGAGGAAGAAACUAGUAGACAGAAUGGAUUGUUUUGUACUUAUUUUGCUAAAAUAUUCACCUCUUACAUGUUUCUCCUUAUGUUUAUUAUGGAGUCCACUUCCAGAUUAACAAAGAGGCUAUUACCUGUGUUAAAAUUCUCUGCACUUGGUCUACACCUUAACGAGUGGCUGGACAGUGCCAGAUGGAUGAUAGCUAGUGUAAUACAAAACAAAGGACUUACUUUGAAAGCUGGAAACUAUAUAAUUGCAACAAUAUUGGAUAUUUUAUUAGGUAUUUUACUGUUGCGGGUUCUGAUGCAUACCAUUGGAGAUACAGCAAUGUCGCAGAUUCUUCUAGACAAUGCAGAGAAAGUUGUGGAAUCCCUAAAAGGUCUAGUCGACUGGUUAAUGGGAGCACCAGCAGGCCUGAAGUUGAAUCAUUCCUUUAAUAAGAUGCUGGGGAAAUUUUUUCUCUAUCAUAUACAUUUAUGGUGGACUUGUUUAGUAUGCAUGAAGCCUGUACUCGACUUUGCGUUUCAAGUUUUAUUAUCUUUGGGACAAUUAGGAGUCACCUUUCAGAUAUCCAUGAUCGCUGAUCUUUUGGCCCUUGUCAGCUUCCACAGUUACUGCAUUUACGUAUAUGCAGCCAGGCUUUUUAAUCUUCAGCUGAGAGGUCUCACGGCAUUGUUUAGGCUAUUUUUGGGAAAAAAGAAGAAUCCAUUACGCGAAAGAGUAGACUCCUGUGAAUAUCAGCCUGAUCAAUUGUUUGUUGGUACAUUGCUUUUCACUGUACUCCUUUUCCUCAUGCCCACGACGUGGGUUUAUUAUUCAGUUUUCACUACGCUUCGCUUGGUACUGAUUGGUCUUGGUGGUUUUUUAACAAGACUUAAAUUUUACUUGCAAGUGACGCCAGUGUAUGCUUUUCUGAAGUGGCUGUUCAGAUCUCGAACAACCAGGAAUUCUGUGAACAUUGAAAUACUCAACUAUAACAAAGGAGGCCCAAUUACAUUAACAAUGUCUACAGUAGUUUCCCCUUGGGGUGAAACUUGGAAGCGUUGUAUUCCUGACACCGUUACUUGUCAUAUGCCCAUUGAGUGGGCUUCGAUAAUCAACGACGUUUUAUGGGGUCACUUACUUUAUCCCCUAUAAAGACUUUACGAAAUCGAUCUCUAUUAUAUCAGAAGAAUUACAUUAUUUUCUAGAGACUCUACGAAGCCGACCUUGUCACAAUUAUAUCAAAAGAAUUGCAAGUAUUUGUACAGAAUCAAUAUUUUAUUUAUUAAAAUCAAUUUCCAUCGA